AUGGAAGAAGACUCACUCUACUUGGGAAGUGAGUGGCAGUUCCACCACUUUUCAAAACUCACAUCUUCUCGGCCAGAUGCAGCUUUUGCUGAAAUCCAGCGGACUUUUCUCCCUGAGAAGUCACCACUCUCAUCUGAGACCAGUGUAGACCUCCGUGAUGAUUUGGCUCCUGUUGCAAGACAGCUUGCUCCCAAGGAGAAACUUCCUCUGAGUAGCAGGAGACCUGCUACGGUGGGGGCUGGGCUCCAGAAUAUGGGAAAUACCUGCUACAUGAACGCUUCCCUGCAGUGCCUGACAUACACACCGCCCCUUGCCAACUACAUGCUGUCCCGGGAGCACUCUCAAACGUGUCAUCAUCACAAGUGCUGCAUGCUCUGUACUAUGAAAGCUCACAUCACACGGGCCCUCUACCGUCCUGGCCAUGUCAUCCAGCCCUCACAGGCAUUGGCUGCUGGCUUCCAUAGAGGCAAGCAGGAAGAUGCCCAUGAAUUUCUCAUGUUCACUGUGGAUGCCAUGAAAAAGGCAUGCCUUCCCGGGCACAAGCAGGUAGAUCAUCACUCCAAGGACACCACCCUCAUCCACCAAAUAUUUGGAGGGUACUGGAGAUCUCAAAUCAAGUGUCUCCACUGCCAUGGCAUUUCAGACACCUUUGACCCUUACCUGGACAUCGCCCUGGAUAUACAGGCAGCUCAGAGUGUCAAGCAAGCUUUGGAACAGUUGGUGAAGCCCGAAGAACUCAAUGGAGAGAAUGCCUAUCAUUGUGGUCUUUGUCUCCAGAAGGCGCCUGCCUCCAAGAUGUUAACUUUACACACUUCUGCCAAGGUCCUCAUCCUUGUAUUGAAGACAUUCUCUGAUGUCACAGGCAACAAACUUGCCAAGAAUGAGCAACAUCCUGAGUGCCUUGACAUGCAGCCAUACAUGUCUCAGCAGAACACACGUCCUCUUGUCUAUGUCCUCUAUGCUGUGCUGGUCCACGCUGGGUGGAGUUGUCACAAUGGACAUUACUUCUCUUAUGUCAAAGCUCAGGAAGGCCAGUGGUAUAAAAUGGAUGAUGCCGAUGUCACUGCCUCUGGCAUCACUUCUGUCCUGAGUCAACAGGCCUAUGUCCUCUUUUACAUCCAGAAGAGUGAAUGGGAAAGACACAGUGAGAGUGUGUCAAGAGGCAGGGAACCAAGAGCCCUUGGCGCUGAAGAAGACAGGCGAGCAACGCAAGGAGAGCUCAAGAGAGACCACCCCUGCCUCCAGGUACCCGAGUUGGACGAGCACUUGGUGGAAAGAGCCACUCAGGAAAGCACCUUAGACCACUGGAAAUUCCUCCAAGAGCAAAACAAAACGAAGCCUGAGUUCAAUGUCAGAAAAGUCGAAGGUACCCUGCCUCCCAACGUACUUGUGAUUCAUCAAUCAAAAUACAAGUGUGGGAUGAAAAGCUAUCAUCCUGAACAGCAAAGCUCCCUGUUAAACCUCUCUUCGACGAACCCGACAGAUCAGGAGGCCAUGAACACUGGCACACUCGCUUCUCUGCAAGGGAGGACCAGGAGAUCCAAAGGGAAGAACAAACACAGCAAGAGGGCUCUGCUUGUGUGCCAGUGAUCUCAGUGGAAGUGCCGACCCACACGUAGGGGUGCACACACACACACACA